AUGGAGACAGACUUUGACCGGAUUCAAGCCAAAGCUAAAACCAAGGACCUUGAAGGAAAGACCCUGAGUAUUGAGAGGGUUCCAGUCACCGAUGCCAUCAUAGUGACCAACCUGCCUGACAACGCAUCAGAGGACCUGGUCAAGCUGUACUUUGAAAGUGAAAGGAAAUCAGGGGGAGGACCAGUCUCCGAGGUGGAGAUGAAUUCGCACAGACACAUGGCAGUUAUUCAUUUCAAGAACCCAGCAACAGUCAACCAAGUAACAAGCCGGUCGCACAAACUGAACGACAUACAGAUCACUGUCAAGCCAUAUUACGAGUGCCUUGGCGAUGUGCUUGACUCCAACGAAAAAAAAAACACUGACUGUUUAGAUUCUUCAGCAAUGGACACAUCCUCCUCCAUUCCCACAUUUGAAGCCUCUCCAACUACCAGGGAUAUCCCCAUGUCUGUAGAUGACACAUCUUCAAAACCAGGUGCCUCUCCAGAAGAUGCUACAGACUUCCCUUCUAUGCAAGAAAUCCCCAAGGCUGUGGAAGAGACCAGAGAGAAGGUUCCAGGUGUCACAGAGACUGUAAAGCUUGCUAGGAACAAGCUCAAGCUUCUCCUCCUCAGUGACUUUGCAGCAUCCCAUCCUGAUGUGGAGGUGAAGAUCGACAUGGAGCAGAAGGAAGUGAAGCUAAUGGGUGAAAACCAUGCCGUCAUGGCAGCGCAAAUCCAUGUGUAUGAGACGGCACAAAAUCCGGCAGAAGAGAAAGUAAAAGUCUCCCAUGGAAUCGCUGCAUUCCUCGCAACAGAGAAAGGAAGGAUGCACCUCGAAGGCUCCUUGCAAGAAAACCAGCUCAAAGUGGCCUUCAUUGUUGAAGAGGAGAGAGUCGCCCUCUUUGCACUGAAGAAUGAGGAUCUUGAGAAAGCAAAAAUGGCAAUGACACAGUGUGUGUCUGAGUCAAGCAUUCCUUUUGAUGCGGACUCUUCCGAUGUCUUAAAGUCCAAGGAGGCCACAUCGCUGUUCAAGAAUCUUCAAGAAAAACAUCUUGUCUGUAUCCAUCUUGGUAACAAGAGGGUGUGGGUUGUUGGCCCUCCACACGACGUGUCUGCAGUGAAAAACGAUAUUGGUACGUUCAUCUCCACAAACACCAUUAUCACAGUGAGUGUUGACACCAGUGAAGGCUGCACAAAAUUUUUGCAAGAGUACAAGAAGGAAGACAUCGCUAGAGUGGAAAGAGAGCACAGAGAGCAGGCAGUGAGGAUCACAAGCAGGCAGACAGGUGGCUUCUCCAUCAGGGGGACGAAAGACGGGACACGGGAUGCAAAGAAGAAGAUUGAAAAACUAGUGGCUGAUGUGAAGAAAGCUAGCAAGAAGAUCACAAAGCCAGGGAUGCACAAGUUCUUGACAGGUGACACAGGUCGAGCCCUGCUGGAUGUUGCAGGAAGAGAUAAUCAGUGUCUGAUCAUUCCUGACGUUCCCUCGAGAGGAAGAGGAGGACCAAAACCACUUUGCAGCCACACCACCAGGCAGGGGAAGAAGCUUGUGGUGGUUCAUGGUGACAUCACAAAACAGACUGUGGAUGUCAUAGUGAAUGCUGCUAAUGACAGUCUGAGGCACGGUGGGGGAGUGGCUGGAGCCAUCGCUCGUGCAGGUGGUCCUCAGAUCCAGGCAGACUGUGACGCAUAUGUCAGAGACUCUGGUCCAUUACGUGAUGGGGAGGUGAUGACCACCAAGGGAUACAACCUCCCUUGUAAGAUGGUGGUGCAUGCUGUAGGACCACAGUGGAGCAGAGAUAUGUCAGAUGUUGAAAAGCAAACCAAGGAGGAUCUGUUGAAGCAAGCUGUCUAUAAGUCUAUGAAAGAAGCAAAGGACCACCACAGCAUUGCAAUACCUGGAAUCAGCUCAGGCAUCUAUGGGUACCCUAUGGACCUAUGUGCAGCAGCCAUAUUGGAUUCUGUGCAAGGCUUCUUCCAAUCAAACCACACCUGCACUCUGACUGAGGUGCAUCUGAUAGAGAUGGACUCCAAGAAGGCUGAUACAUUCCAGCAGGAAUUUGUCAAAAGGUUUGGGAAGGACAAGCUGACCAUACCUGGGCAUGGCUCAACUCCAGCUGGUAAGAAGGGAGGAGCAUCAUCCCCUGGUGCUGCUGACAACACACUAUCAGGACCUGGGGGUGUCAAGAUUCUGUUGAAACAGGGAGACAUUACCAAAGAACAGGUGGAUGUCCUGGUGAACACCACAGGUACAAACCUGGCCCUGACUGGGGGAGGAGUCAACAGUGCCUUUGGGAGGGCUGGAGGCCAAAGUCUCCAACAGCAAUGUAGCAACCACGGCCAGGCAAAGCCAGGUGACGUAGUUGUGACCCAGUCUGCUGGUAGGCUGAACUGUAGCCAGGUCUACCAUGCUGUACUGUUUGGCAUGACAGAAGAAAAGCCUCAGAAGAAGCUCAUCCACACCUGUUUGAGUAGCACCAGUCAGAGUGGACACAGGUCCAUCGCCUUUCCCGCCAUCGGCACCGGCAACAUGGGAUUCCGUAAGGAUGAUGUUGCAGAGUCCAUGUAUGAUGCAAUACUGGGUUUCUUCCACAGGAACCAUGGAAGCUCUGUCAAGGAUGUAAGGAUCAUUGUGUUUGAUCAGCCCACAGUGAAAGCGUUUGAAAAAGAGCUAAAAGAUAGACAAGAAGGAAGAAAAGCACAUGCACAUGUGGCUGCUGUGCCAAGCAGUGCCACUGGGAGGAAAGGAACAGAGAUUUACUCAGCAGUGCGGAAGCCCCAGCCUGGUGUACAGGAGAUGGACAUGGCCAGACUGACUGUCCAGGUCAAGACUGGGGACAUCACUGCCGAGAGGGUGGACGCCAUUGUCAACCCAACCAGAAAUGACCUUGGUUUGGGAGGAGGGAUGGCCAAGGUUGUGUCUGAUGCAGCAGGACGGGGGUUACAGGUGGAGUGUCAGCAGUACAUCCUGGUGAAUGGUAACCUUAGCAACGGGAGUGUGGUGGUCACAGGAGGACACAACCUACCAUGCAGUAAGGUCCUCCACCUGACCUCCCCCAAUGACACAAACCAGCUCAGGGGCUACAUCAAGAAAGUUCUGGUGGUCGCUGAGAGGAAAAAUCUGCAGUCUGUGGCCUUCCCUGCCCUUGGAACAGGAGGGUUUAAUGUCAGUGCAGAUAAGUCAGCCUUCUGCAUGCUGGGAGGUAUUGCCGACUUUGUCCGUGACAGCAACCCGGCCAGCGUGAAGGAAGUGAGAAUCACCAUCUUCCAGCAGCACAUGUUGAAGGACUUCCACUCAGAGAUGGACAGGAGGGCUGCCAUGAACGGGCAUAGCGGACCCAAUAUUUUCAAAAGGGCAUUUGGACGCAUCUUUGGUCUUGGUUCCGCUGAUGCAGAUGAUCCAGCCAGCAGACCUCCACCUGCACCCAGACCUGUAGGGAACGUGUCCUUCCCUGCCUCUAACCCAAAGGAACUGACUCUCGUCCUGUUUGGACCUGAUCAGACAAGAAUAGAUAGGGCCAAGAAAGAAGUGGACAACAUUGUCAUGAAUCACUGCAAGGAAGAGAAGAUUCAAAAUGCUGCCAUCACCAUGCUGACGCAACAGGAGGCCAGAAUGAUCCACACCUAUGGGGAAGACAGGGAUGUGGUCGUCAAACGAGGUGGGUUGUAG